GCGCUGGACCGAGCAGCUUUGUCGGCAUUGGCUGCGGGCCCACCGUCUCCCCGGCAGCUGGACACCGCCCACUGUGCGAUGGUGCGGCGGACUGCUUUGGAGACCACGCCCGCCGCUGCCCAUGCGGUGGAGACCGUACCAUGCGGCACCAUCGGCUCCGGGCCGUAGUUGCCAGCAGGGCCAAGACGGCAGGCUUGCACACUGAGGUGGAGAAGCCAGGCUUGUUCCCUCCGCGUUUGGACGAGGCUGGAGCUGCUGAGGUCUUCAUUGGCAACUGGGACUCCAAGCGGCCUGCAGCCCUUGACCUCGCAGUUAUCAGUGGGAUGCGGCCAGGCUGUUUGGCUACCACCGCCGCUGCUGGAGACAAGCCACCAUGGACUAUGAAGCCCGAAGGAGAGACCAUCUCUGGCUGGGGCCCCGCGGCGAAGCAGGUCUGGCAGGCAUUGGAACAGGUGCGCCCGCACAGGCGAAGGAGCAGCUCUGGAAACCGACAGGCUGCUGCAGUCCUUGUCCACGACGUUACAGUGGGAGAAUGCUAG